ACGUCGGUCAAGCUUCGAAUUUCAAUGUCGUAGGAGCACGCGUCGAAUUCCUUAUGAUAUGGGUUUACGCCUGGACGUGUGCAUUGUAAAGGAGAAGCUUGCGUUAUAAUUGAAUAGAGUUGCAACUGGAAACAAAUUGACGUAGCAGGAUAUAUAAGCAAGUAAUUCAGCAAAUUUCUCAGUAAGCCAAUGGACAAUCAUGGAGGAAUUCAAUCCAGAUCAGUUGAAGCAAUUGUGCUGUUUAAAACCAUACUUCGUCGAUUAUAUGAUGAUGCUGUACGAACAGGGUCGGCUUAUUCACUAGGCUCGGUAGGCCCAGACCUAGGGUGCUAUGGUAGAAGGGGGCGCCACGCGCUGGCGAAAUUCGCAAGUUUGCACGCCCCCUUCUCUGUUCCGCCAAUACUUUUCAUAUUCGUACUGCAACCUGCGACAGGCACUGUGGUAGAAGGGAGCGCCACGCGCUGGCGAAAUUCACAAGUUUGCGCGCCCCCUUCUCUGUUCCGCCAAUACUUUUUUUAUUCGUACUGCGACACAUCCUGACAUAUUCUGACAAGCGAAUUAAUGUUUUUCGUACGCUAGUGCAAAAGUAUCGAUUUAUUAUCCGUUAUUUUCUCUUCAGUCAAAAAUUUGCUCAACUCUACAUUUUUUGGUCAGAUACCCGCGCGAAAUAGUUUGCUACAUUCUACAUUGUAAUGCAACUGAACAGAAAUCGGACAUACAUUCUAUUAAUAGUAUAACAAAAAUUAGUGAUGAGUGUUAACAAAAUGAGUGGCGCCAAGCGCCGUAAAUUAGCGAAAGAAAAGCAAGAAAAAGAGUCGCUUAUAGCUAAAAAAAUUCCGCGAAUUGACCAUUUUUUCAUUCAUCAUGAAACAGCUGAAGAAGCGACGCACGCAUCAAGUUCUGCGACAACUGAGGAUUCGAGCGAGAAAAUAUCGCGUUUGCAUGAAAUUGUCGGAAAUGAAAAGGAAGAGAAAAUAGUCGACGAAGUCACUAAACUUACGAACACAGGAACUUCUGCAGCUGAAAUUCGUGGUAAUUCUGGUGAUGACGAUGAUAAUGAAGAACAUUCUCAUAUCAAUCGCGAACCAAACUGAUUCCGUAUUAGAUGCUCCAGAUUUUUCUGACCCUGGUCUAUGGCCAAUAAGGAAUUCAGAAGUAAUUAAUUUUAUUUUACGAUAUCCGUCGAAGCAACAGGACCCGAGAAUGAAUAAUUUCACAGCUUCAAAACGUGUCUAUGGGACUAAAGCCAGAUAUU